AUGCAGGACAAGAGCACCGAUGGCAUUUUCUCCUGGGUCGUCGCCGCCGUGGAUGGUCUGUUCAUCAAGACCAAGGCUCCGUGUGCGAAGGACACCGCCAACGUCAUCGCGUACUACUCCGGCAGCAAGUCCGCGUACGGCAUCAACGUACAAGCGAUGUGCACCGCCGACUACCGGUUCUGCGCAAUGUCGGCGAUCUCUCCAGGCUCCACAAACGACUGGGUGGCAUGGAAUCGAUCUUCCCUCGCCAAGGCCGUUGCCCGCGUGCCCGCCGGAUUUCACAUCAUUGGUGACGCCGCCUACCCCAUCGGAGAAAAGCUUCUGACGCCGUACCCUGGGAGGCUCCUGCCGCCGGGUGAGGACUCGUUCAACUUCCACCUGAGCCAGCUUCGUGUCAAGAUCGAGCAGAGCUUCGGCAUCCUGGUUUCGACUUGGGGCAUUCUGUGGCGACCUCUCCGUGUGCAGUUCGGAGGACGCGCGGAUCUCAUCACGGCUCUUUUUCAUCUGCACAACUUCCUGCAAGACGAGAAGGUAGCGCCGAUCCAGCUUGCAGAGGAGGACUCCCGCAGCGGGCGCAACCGGCUGGCCCUCUGUGCUACGCAGCGCACCUUGCCGGCUGGCUGGCAAACGGAGCAACCGGCUCCUUCGAGGAGCGGUGAGACCCCGGCCCGAGCGGCUAUCCGCACGGCCCUGGAGUUGAAGAAGCAGUGGAGGCCGGACUACAACCGUCGGAGGAAUUCGUAAGCACGUAUCCAGCUCGCAUCGCGUCGCGUGCGCACAAGCGGGAAGUGGGGACGGGUCUACAUAGGGGCGGAUGGAGGCGGAUGGGGGGGAAGGUCGCUACUACAAGCGGGCGAGAGGCGCGGCGGGGGGGAAGGGGGGGGGGGGGGGGCGCACAGGGAUGCGAUUCUGGCCGUGAUACCUCAAUGUAGAGGGCGGAGGGCGCUGGAAGGACGUGUUUUGGGUGUUGGUGGUAGGGUGUCGGCGCAUCCCGGGGAGAGGUGGGGGGUGUGAUGUGUGACAUGUUGAUUCUCGCUGACAUGUUUUGUGGGUGUCGGUGUGGAGCGUUCUGACCAGAUGUGUCCGGGUACACUUGGUUCGUAAUGUGUGUGUUCAUGCCGGCAACACUUUAUGGUUAACAUGCAUCGUGUGCGGAUGAAAGCGGGGUCCGGUAGGUCUCGGAGGGUGCUUGUUUUACCUAGGGCAUUAAAAGUGUGGGCAUGUUCGACUUUUUUUUUUCCUGAUUAGGAGAGUGUGAAUCGAGAACGUUGUUGUCGUUGAUACAACUUUUAAUGAUGUCUCUGCAUCCCUGCAUUAAAUAUUCGUCGCGUGGGUGAAACAUUGCUCCAGGUUGCAGACCUGAAGGAGACCCACACACACGCUAAAAAGUGGGGUCUUGUCGAAUCCCAUCGCGAACACAUUCCUGCGCUUCAAGUGAGCAUGCGCGGAGACGGGAAAAAUUGCAAGGCUCCAAAUUUGCGGAACCCAAGCGUGCCUCAGAGUUCCCGCCAACACCCAACGUAGUAUUGGGUUGCAAGAACAAGUCUUGCAAAUAGGAAAACACCAAACGAUAUGCAUGUGCGCAGAUUGCCGGCACGGCAGGUGGCUCAAUAUCGACGAGUGCCAUUUUCAUGGCAGCGGACGUAGCCUCUGCCACGCUUUGCCCCACCCCCUUUUUUUUUUGCUUUUCCCCCCGCCUGUUCUGCUCGUUGAGCCUGGCGCCCUCCCGCUUGGUGGCCGCACGGCGCUCGGCACCGCCGUUACAGACAGUGCCCUCUCCGGUCCCGUCAUCCUCUCGCUGAGCGCCCUCGGGGAGGAGAUUGUUGCACACUUUAUUCAGCUCGGGGUUUUUCUCGAUUGCGCAACCGAGAACAUACGUGUCCGUGCACCCUGUAAAUAAAAGAAGGUGCAAGGCGCGGGCGGGAGUUUUUUUUUUACCAAUUGGUAUGGUCUUUGGUCGUGCUUCAAAAUACACGAUAAAUGUACAUGGUGCAGACACUCCGUUCCAAUCAGGCCUCAAUGCCAAUGUCAUCCCUGGAGCACGUCUUACAACACUGUCGAGAACUCCAAGUCUAACAUCAAAACUCCUUCCGUAGCAGCACUUGCACGCUGUGAAGGAGGAUGGGCGGAAUGCCACGACCACAAAAUCGCCCAAGGUUCGUCGAGCAAACAGACGCUAUUUUAUACCCAGCCCCACUCCACCCAUCCCUUACCUUGACAAAAUGAAAGCCGUGGCUGGUUGUUGCCGGAUUCACUCUUCCAGUUGGCAAAGGCUGGUUCCACUUCGCUUUUGCCGUAGCCCACAUCCUGGAAAGCUUCUCCGCCAAGAUGGUUGGUUGCUGGAUGGUGUUAGGGUCGACGUGAGACACUUGCUCGUCGUCCACGAUUUUUCUCACCUGAAAAACGUCCACAUCACCCAUAAAUGGGGCAUGCAUAUAGCGAGGGAGCGAGGGAGCGGGCAGCGCAGAUCAUACACACACAUGUUCUUUAAAAAUACUUACAUAGAGUACCGCCCCCCGGGCGUGGGAGGAAUUCAACACGAUUUUGAUACGAAGAAAAAAAACAUACCGAACGGGGAAUGCAUCUCUCGCGGGAAGGUGAGGGUUUCGAAGCAACUACAGCAGUAUGAUCUUCGUCGGCGUCAGCAACAACACCAUAAGUUACCGAUGUACGUCAACAGCAGGUUGACCCGCUCUUGGGGGUGGAUACCUCAUGGCUUUUUACCUAAAACAAAAGCGAUCGCCCGUGGACGUUAUGAGGUGUUGAGUACGAUGGCUAACAUGACCAUAAAAAUACGGCAUGCGUGUCAACAUACACUUCGACUGCUGUCUUUGUGCAAACUUCUCGGCCGAUCCGUCCUAAUCAAUCCCCCUACCCGUGACCGUGUACCUGGUGGUCAGGGUCUCGGA